AUGGAAGCCACCGAAGCCCCCGGCACCGAACUGCGACAGCUGCGCCGCGUACGCCGCACCCGCACGCAGUACGAGCGCCUGCAGCGCCCGAACGACAUACAGCCAGGCUAUCCGAUUCCCAGCAUAGAGGGCUGGGUGCUAUUUUUCUCAAAUCUGCCGGAAACGACGACUCAGGAAGACAUUGCCGACUACCUCGUCUCGUUCAAGGAGGGUGAUCCGGACUACUUUGGCACCAUCACCGACAUCAAAAUCCCCCUCAAUGCCGACUGCUUCUGCGCCGGUUAUGCCUUAGUGGAGCUAGGGGGACGUGUCGGGUACGAGCGCGCAAUCGCCGAGCUGAGCGGCACCAUGUUUCCGUCUGGCGAAAGGCCUCUCAUCGUGGCUCCGACGUUUCUCGGCGAAGAGGAAGACCAAGAGCCACAGGCGGAGGUGGCGGCACCAGGCGAAAAACGGGCGCGCGAUUAA